AUGCUUCGCACCCCCAAGUGCUCCAGGUGCCGGAACCACGGCUACCUGGUGCCGGUCAAGGGCCACGCGGGCAAGUGCCGCUGGAAGCAGUGCAUCUGCGACAAGUGCUACCUGAUCACCGAGCGCCAGAAGAUCAUGGCCGCCCAGAAGGUGCUCAAGACCCAAGGCGCCGACGAGCAGCCGGUGGCCGCCGCGGCCGCCGCGCAGGGCGCCCCGCUGCCCCCCAGGGUCCGGCCGGCGGCGGCCGCGGCGGCGAGCGCGAGCGUUUGCCCACUGCCCAGGGCGGCCCCGGGGGGCUCCGGGCCGGGCCCCGCGGCCACCUGCUUCCUCGAGAGGCCCCCGAAGGUCCGGAGCCCCGGCCCCAGCGCCUUCCAGCUGCUCCCAGGCGGCCGCCCUGGCCCCGGCUCCUUCCAGCCGGGCCUGGGGGCGCCCCGGGGAGCGCGCGACCGCCCCCCGGCGUGGGCGCCCCCGCUCAGCCCGCAGGCGGCCAGGGCCGAGCCCCGGCGCCCCGAGCAGUGCCUGCCCGUGCGGCCCGUGCCCCGACUGCCGCCCUUCAGCGACUACGGGCACCCUCUGAGAUUCAACUCUGAUCACGUGGUAGGAGCUGGGUACCCCGAGAGAGAGCCUUUCAAGCAGUGCCCCGCCUGCGCCCCCAUGCCAUCCUACCAGCCCUUCUCCCUGGAUGGCCAGGAUGCGUCCUCAGGGCGGGGGCUCCCGCAGCAGAGAAGCUUCCGGCACGUCCCCUACAGCCCCUACCACGGAGGCAGCUUGGUGCCAGAACCAGUCAGAGACCUGCAGCCAACCUACUGCUCCCCACCGCCGCCGCUGCCGCCCCCUCCGCCGCAGCCGCAGCAGGCUCACUUCCUCCCGCCGGGCUACCUGUCUGCCCUCCACUUCCUGCCGCCGCCGCCGCCGCCGCCGCCGUCGCCGCCCUCCUUCUCGCUGACCAUCCUGUACGACACCGACAAGGAGAACACCAAUGACCAGAAUGCAGAGGUGCCCAGUGAUCCCAGCCAGCGCUCUUCCCAGGAGCAGGCCAGCUAAGCUGCAGGCCACCCAGAGGGCCACUGGGUGGGGGCGGCAUAAACAGCAGCAAUGUUGUUUCACCUGUGUUCUUGUUAUAUAGGGAGGAAGGGUGUUGAUAGGUGUAAGCUGGCAGCUAAUUCCGAUUUCAAGAUAGAAGGGGGAAGGUGGUCUCCAAGUUCUCUGGAUCCCGUGUGGGUGUUGAAGUGGUGUAUGAAGGGAGAGCGUGUCUGGGGUGAGGCAGGGCCUUUGAAGAGUGGGGGCUGGCGAAACACACGUUUAGGAAUGAAUUUAACCAUCCUGGGUCAUGCCACUUAUGAAAUUUACCUCUAGAGGUGGCCUCUGAUUUCCCCAGGCCUCACUCAGGGCAGGGGGCACCAUCCAUUUCAGCCUUCUGCCCUCUUUGCCUGAUCCCCAAGGCUGGGCACCAUCGGCUAUGCAGGGCUGGUACAGGGGACUGGGAUGUCGACAGCAGUUUCCACAGCAUCCCACCUUUGCCCUGUCCUGUUCCAGCUGGUGAGCAUCCUGACAACUGAGGCACGUCAGUUCUUCCUGAAGCUCAAGCAAUGCUAGGCAUCCUUUCUCAUUCAAAAACGUAGAUUUCAGUGUUGGAUGUUCUUAUGUAGGGAAGGGUUCUCAGAGCAGAAAAUGGCAAUCUGUUCUCCGAGGAUGGUUGAGUGUUGAAUAAAAU